AUGGAACAGAAUUUACUUGAAGAGUGUUUUGAAAUAUCUCAGCAUGAUAAAGAUGGAAUUAAUGUUGAAAAACGAAAAGCAGAAGCAAGCUUCCAAAAUGUAAUAGUAAAUAAAGGUAGAUGUCUCAGAUCUGCUAUAUGGGAUGAAUUUAAUAUUAGAGAGUCUGAUAGAAAGAGAAAUUAUGGAGCAAAGUUAAAAGAUACUGAUAAUAGUGACAAUGAAAGUAUGUCACCAUCUUCUUCAAAAAAACCUAAAGUUUCACAAUCAAAUUUUAAAUCUAUUGAACCAGUAUCGAGUAAAAAGAGUAAUGCAAUUAAUAAAGCAUUACUUAAAGCAUUUAUUUGUUAUGGAAUUUCAUUUUCCGUAGUUGACAACCUAUUUUUUAGAGAUCUUUUUAAGUUAAUUAAACCAGGAUAUAUUCUUCCUGGAAGGACUACACUAGCAGGAUGA